GCAAGUUCCUGUGUUUGCUGUGGUACACUUAGCAAAUCUACAUAUUCGCUGGUUUACGGUAAAAAGUAAUAUUUCAAUCCAAAGGCACAUCGUCCUAAACUCGGAAGGUCAGGUGUGCGUGCGUAAAUUUUACAAUUUUCCAUAGCAACCGCUAUACCUGCAGCUUGAGGCAACGCCUCGUUGCGCAUAGGCUAGGCUACUUCCUUGUCGAUAUAUAGAAUCGGCUAAGCCAAGAAGCAUUUGUGGCUAACUCAGGUUUUGGUUUUUGAAUCUGAAAAAUACAACGAACACAGAUGUCGCAGACGUGAACAGAAGAAACUGCUCUUUGCGGCUGGUACGAACACUAUUCGUCGGUUCGAACGAUGGAGACAGCAUCCCGCUAGACCUUGCACCUGCAAGACGGACCCAGCGGUGACCACACAGCGCCUUCGAGUCUUGUGCUAUGGCUGCAGACCCGCCCAGAAACGGCGGACUGGCAAAUUCUGCAGACACCAAAAAGUCGGAACCCAGAGUCAACGAGAAGAAAUGCUCAUGGGCUUCUUACAUGACAAACUCGCCCACGGUGAUUGUGAUGAUCGGCCUGCCGGCGAGAGGGAAGACCUACAUGUCCAAGAAGCUGACGCGCUACCUCAACUGGAUAGGAGUUCCUACCAAGGUGUUCAACCUCGGCGUGUAUCGACGGGAGGCCGUCAAGACCUACAAGUCUUAUGACUUCUUCAGACAUGACAACAAGGAGGCCAUGACGAUAAGAAAGCAGUGUGCCUUAGUGGCACUGCACGAUGUGAAGUCCUACCUGAAUGAGGAAGGAGGCCAGAUUGCCGUUUUUGAUGCCACAAACACCACCAGAGAGAGAAGAGACCUCAUCCUCAGCUUUGCGAUGGAGAAUGCUUAUAAGGUGUUUUUUGUGGAGUCGGUGUGUGACGAUCCCGAGGUCAUUGCUGCUAAUAUUCUGGAAGUGAAGGUCUCCAGUCCAGAUUAUCCAGAGAGAAACAGGGAGAGGGUGAUGGAUGACUUCCUGAAAAGAAUCGAGUGCUACAAAGUUACAUAUCAACCACUGGAUCCAGACGACUACGACAAGGACAUGUCCUUCAUCAAGGUGAUCAACGUGGGCCAGCGUUUCCUGGUAAACCGGGUGCAGGACUACAUCCAGAGCAAGAUCGUGUACUACCUCAUGAACAUCCAGGUGCACUCUCACUCCAUCUACCUGUGCCGUCACGGAGAGAGCGACCACAACACGCAGGGCCGCAUUGGGGGCGACGCAGAGCUCUCUGUCCGGGGGAAGGAGUUUGCCCAUGCUCUCCGUGGCUUCCUUGAAAAGCAGCACCUCCCAGACCUGAAGGUGUGGACCAGCCAACUGAGGAGGACCAUCCAGACGGCCGAGGAGCUGACUGUGCCCUACGAGCAGUGGAAGAUCCUCAACGAGAUCGAUGCUGGGGUGUGUGAAGAGAUGACCUAUGAGAUGAUCCAGGACUCGCACCCAGAGGAAUUUGCUCUGAGGGACCAGGACAAGUAUCACUACCGCUACCCUGGAGGAGAGUCCUAUCAGGACCUGGUGCAGCGGCUGGAGCCCGUGAUCAUGGAGCUGGAGAGACAGGGAAACGUGCUGGUCAUCUGCCACCAGGCCGUCAUGCGCUGCCUGCUCGCAUACUUCCUGGAUAAGAGCGCAGACAAUCUGCCCUACCUGAAGUGCCCCCUCCACACCGUGCUCAAGCUCACUCCUGUGGCCUACGGAUGUAAGGUGGAUACGUUCGACUUGAACGUUGCCGCUGUUAACACUCACCGGGACAAGCCGUUGGAUAAAGUGGGGAAGGAGCCUGCCCCCUUCCCAAUGAGGCGGAAUAGUUACACCCCCCUGUCCAGUCAUGACCAAGUCAAGCGGCCCCGCCUCUACAGCGCUGGCAACCGGCCCUCGGUGCCCCUCGCCCCCUCUCCCGCUGCCCUGCUAUUCCCAGAGGCACCAGAGGGGGCAGUGUCGGAGCAGAGCCAACCUGUGCUGGGAUUCGGCUGUCUGAAUCGUUCGGCCUCCGCCCAGGACACUCUGGUGACCGUGUCAGCAUCUGAAUAGCGGGGAGUUCGUUUCUCCUCUGCUUCCACUACGCCCACCUGCUCCUCCAUCACCUGGGACACGCCUCCUCUGCUCCUCUACACCUGGUCCCAGGGCCCACUGCGUUAGGGAGACAGCUCUGCACUCCUAUUUUAGCUCAUAAAGGCAGCUUGUAGAAGCUAAUGAUGCACGUGGGCUGUAGGUCACAUUGAUGCUUUUUGGAAAAGUAACUGCUAAUUCUGUUCUCAUUCAUCUUCUUGGUGAACAAAGAGAACAACUAAUGCCUUAUAUUAAUGAAUGUACACUUGGCCACAAUCCAUCAGUAAAUGGAAGGCUUUGGGGAUCAGGGAAAUGGAGAUUGUCUGGUUUGUGUUACUCAUUGCCGAUUUGGCAAUUGGUGUGUAUCCGUUUGAGUCUGUUUGUCAGUUGGGAGGAAUGGGAGGAAUGAGAUAAUAAAUGUGUUUGUUACAGUGUACUGAUCUAAUCAUGAAUCCACGAUUCCGUUUUGGAAUUUUGUUUGACCAAAAGCCUUGGAUUUCCGAUAAGCUUUGAAUCUAGAGUCUUAACAACAUUCUGUAUUUAAAAUAGUCCCACGGAAUGUUUAUGGUGGAUGUGGGUUAGUUUUUUCAGUGCUGUGUGGUCAUGGUGAUGGAGAUUAGUUUAGUGUAUUUGUUUGUAUGUGGAAUGAUAAAAUAGUGCAUCACUACCCUAUCAGCUCUGUUAUGUUUAUAGAUAUGUAUUCAGCUUGGCAAGCAACCUUCGCCUUGAUAUGAGCAUAAUCCAAACGGUCAUAGUUUAAUUUGUGUUUGCUGUUCUGUCUGAAUAUAUUUUAUCAUACCUCAUAACUAAUGUAAAAUGGGGCAUUAUAUAUAUACCUUUGGAUUUACCUCUGGGCUCUAAAAGCCUGCUGAAAAAUAACUCUUUAAUAUGUGCCUUACCUUUAAAGAGUUGCUAUUUAUAUUCCUACCUUUCCUGUCUUGAAGUAGACCCUGUAAUCCACAAUUGAAUCAUGUAUUUGAGGUGCAUCUGCCCAGUGUGUAUUCAGCAGCCAUUUUAACAGGAGGAACUGAGAGCAGGCCCAGAUUAUCAGAUCAACCAUGUAGAUCCUUUGAUGGGUUUAAAACAUCUUGCUGCUGUUUGUAAGAAUUGGCAACAAUGUUAAAAGUAAGGAGCAAUUGCUGAGAGUUGUUUGGAUUUACUACAUAGAUUAUUGUUGUUGUUUGUUUAUUUAUUUAAGAAUGUCAAUUUGUCCAUCAUCGGGGAAAUUUAAUUUGUGCCCAAGAAACAACACAUUCAAUAGAGGCUCAGGGAUGAUGCUGGUGCAAUUCACAAGAAGUCUUCAGGCAUGUCUGUUGAAAACGAUACCUUGUGUAGCAUUUUGAACUGUUCUACGGUCAUGUACAAACAUCUGGUCUGUUAGGAUUUGCACAACGAUUCCCCUCACUAUAACUGGAUUUCAGCCACCUAAUUACCCCUCUGCAGCAAUCAUAUUUCUGGUACUCAGUCUUAUGCAGAAACUAAUCAAACUCCUCAAAAAUGAGUAGCCCUCUUUUGGAGUAUGAAGCACUCGUACUUUGCUAAUUAAAUUAACGCUUUACUAUUAUGUAAACCCAUUAUGGGUAAUCCUGUUGAGUCACCUGAUUAGCCAGUACUUGCUGUUCAGUAUGCUUGUUGAUGUUCUCAAAUAUGUUUAUUAAUUUCUGCUGUGGGGAAAAACGGGUUUGUUUUUGUUGGGAAACGGGUGGAGGGGAGUGGCUCGUGCUGGAUUUGUUUUGCCUUGGGAACAGACAAGCAGGAAGUUGUGAAAGUCUGCCUGCUGUGUGCAUGUAGUUAGAGCCUGCACUGUUAAAGAGCGUGGUUCUGUGUCUGCUUGUGCUGAAAUCACACGGUGGCUGUGUUCAUGUUUCAUUGGGAAAUCCAGCUUAACGCUCAGGCCUGCCUGUAACAGUGCCUACUAACCAGCUGCUCUAUAGCUCCUCACAUCAAGCUGGUGCAAUGUCAUCUGAUUACGGCCAUGCACAAUAAAUUACAUUAAAUGAUUUGUGAGGUCUCUGAGCAUUAUUAUGCAACCUCAGGAACAUGCUUGCCUGGGCUUCACUUCAAGGCCCUAUGAUGUUUGUUAUUUUUUUCUUUUUUUUCUUUUUUUUCUUUUUUGCAUGAUGGAAAACAUCUGAGCUUUUUGCAGAUUUAAAGUAACCUUUCUUACUGAAUGCAGAAUCGUGUAUGCAUGAGUUCAUAUGGGUGUUGUACCCAAAGGAGUUUUGAGUAAGUGCUCCUGAGAAAGUGAUCCCAUAGAAAUGAGCGGUUUGACUGUAAGUGCUGCAUGUUUUUUUUCAGGUUUAGCUACAGUGCCUGACUUUCAUUCUGCUUCCUCACACGCGCACACACACACAUCACACACAAACAUACACAUACACAAAUACACACGCACACACACCACACAUACACAUGCACGCACACAGACACACGCACACACACACACGCCUCACUUUAUCAGCAGCUUAGAUAUUGCCUGGCGCUAACUUUUUUUCUUUUUUUUUUUUUGUCCGUUUCCUCCAGACGACAGACGUCGCCCGAUCCCGGAGCCAGGCACUGGAGACUGUCCCAGAACACCCAAAAUAACAGUAGGGUGUUCCCAAAAUGGCAAAACUGUUAAGGCUGCCUGCCAGGUCCCUGCCCAGUGGAUCUGGAAGAGUGUGGAGAGGAGCUGCUGUCUACCUGCAGACCGCACGCUCAAGUUCUGUUUGAGACUGGCCUGUCUUACUGCGUCAUGUUUCCGUCUCUAUGCCCCAUCCCCUCCCCCCCAUAUCACGGUACAUUUAGCCAUCACAUGACACGGCACUUAACUUUUUCCCAUUAUAUUAAAAUGCGCAGUCUGUCAAUGAGACUUUUAACACUGCUGUACUGUAUUUUUCUAUAUUGCUGUACUGUCUGUAUUUAGGAAUAACUUGCUUGUGGUUACGGGAAAUGGAUUAUCACUGCUAUUGGUAUUCCUUAGGGAUUUACCUGUCAGCGGGUUUCUAAGCCGUUUAUCUGUAUUGCAGUUUUUUGUGGUCAGACUUCCUGUUUGCUAAUAAUAUGUGACCCAAGACUAAAGCCACCGAUUGUAGAAAUGCACAGCUGACGCAGACGCAGACGCAUGUAAAGUCACGUUCCUGUACCUGUGCGUGGGUGAAUGGACACUGCCUCUGACUCAGGAACUGUUGUUUUCAGCAUGCGCUUCAUGAAUAUGCACAGAUGCUGCCAUAAACAGACGUCCACUGUGGCCAGGGUGGUCGUCGUCUUGUGACUAUGAUUUAUUUUUUAUCAAACAAAGAGUUUGUGCUUUUAAUGCUUUAUAAUAAAUAGCUUGUGUUUGGAAGUAUUGGCAUUCCAUAUGUUAUAAAACAUUUUGUUUUGGUAACUCACAGGUGCUGUCUCUCUUCUCUGUUUCGCUUGUGGUGAUGUUGAGCUUAUAUGCACAAGGUUACAGAUUUGAUACUCUAGGAAAAGGCUGUUUAACUGAACCAGGUGUGGGGGUUGCAAGGAAUGUGAUGUUGUCUGGGGUGAUAUUUUGGCCAGGGAAUAUUAAAUGCUGGUCAUUUAUAUUUGUGGCAUAUGACUGAAUAUCAUAGCUUGAGGUAUGGUACAAAUGGUGUCAUGUAUGAGACAAAUUAUUUUUCCCUGAAAUAUGAGACUCACACAAUGGCAAGUGUCACUUUGCAAAACAAUUAGAAUUGCUUCAGGACAUAUCCAGUUGAAUUGAUAGACAUUAUCAUAAAUAUAAAUUGCACCAGUUGCCUUUGUCUAUUAUACAAUUGUAUAAUAACAAUUGUAACCAUAAGUGAUAACAAUAACUUUUUUGUAUCUCAUGGUUUUUGAUACCAUCUGAGCUACUGUAAAUUGAUUGCUUUAUUCAAUUUCCACAAAUGAUUUUAUUUGAAAGAAAAUAAUUGAAGAUGGUUUAAAUAAAAAUUGAGAUUGUA